CUUUUUUUCCGGUUCGUUGAGGCGCGAUGGAACGACUCCAAGCGCUGAGGAGCAUCUUGUGCGAGAACGACGGCUUCAUCGACGUGGACGAGUUUCUGUCCCACCUGAGCGCCCCCGACACCCGCCUCAUCCUAUUGGCGCAGGAGGUCGAUAUCAAGAAGAGGCGGGGCUACUUGGACAAGGUGCACGGGGCGUUCGACCUCCUCUUCCUGCAGAACCCCGUCUCGACCUGCGAGAAGCUGGUGAACGUGCUCAAGCGGAUGGAGAUGCAUUACGUUCUUCAGCUCUGGAUGGCAGGGCUCGACCGACGAUGGGUUCCUUUGCAGAUCAUUGACAGAGCCACUUUGACCGGCCGGGGACCGGCGGGGACCGGCGGGGACCGGCAGGGACCGGCAGGGACCCAGAGCCAUCGGCGGAAUCGAGCCGGUGCCGACGAGGAUUCGCUGAGGCCCUGGGCGUGGAUUAUCCUAAUCGCAAGAAGUGGAUUGAUGAUUUUGAGGGAAAGGGAAUGUGGGGCAUGA